AUGCUGUCAAGGCUCGUCCUGGCUCCCCGUGUGGGCAUUGCCAGUCUCGCCCGACAGGCCGCCGCCCCAAGCUUGCGCACCCGCGCAGCCAUCGCCGUGCCGUCGGCGCUGCUCGCCCGACCUUACUCGCAGAAGAACGAUAAGAGCGCUGCCUCACAAGCCAACGAGGGUGCAAAGAAGAGCCCUGCCGCCUCCGAGGAAGCUCCGUCAUCUCACCAGCCGACCGAAGCUUCCUCGGAGCAACAGCCACAGCCCAAGGAUGCGUCGGCCGAGGCCGCCGACUCUUCGACCGAUUCUGCCAAGGAACCCGAACAAAUACCCUUCCACAAGCUCCCAGAUCUGACGCAGGGCAUUCCUUCCACGUUUGCGCAGGAGAUGGCUGAGAAGGCCGGCCAGAAACCUGCGUCGUACCUGCAGACGAUCGAGCAGGAAGAAAGCUCGACUUCCCGCCAACGUCGCGACCCAUACGACUCGUACGAAUCGACGCAUCAGCUCAACCGCCGAAAAUAUACACGAUUUGCGAUGGCCCUGGCCGCCAUCGGAGGCGCAGCCACUCUGGUCUACAUGGGCCGCAACUGGGAGGACUCGAUCGAUGCCGAGCGUCACCCAGACGCGCCCAACGGCUGGGGUGUCGGCCUGUGGUGGAACAGGGUCAAGGCCCGCACCACCGAGUCCAUCACCUACUACCAAGAACCCGCCUUCGACAAGCUGCUUCCCGACCCCGAGCCGCUAUUUGCGCGCCCGUACACGCUGUGUCUGAGCCUGGACGAGCUCCUCGUCCACAGCGAGUGGUCGCGCGAGUAUGGGUGGCGCGUCGCCAAGCGGCCGGGCCUCGAUUACUUCCUUCUCUACCUAUCCCAGUACUAUGAGCUCGUCCUCUUCACCACAGCCUCUAGCGUCAUGGCAGAGAAUGUGCUACAGAAGCUGGACCCUUACCACAUUAUCAUUUGGAAACUAUACCGUGAGGCUACCAAAUUCGAGGACGGCGAGAUUGUCAAGGAUCUCUCGUACCUGAACCGUGACCUGUCCAAGGUCAUCAUGAUCGACACGGACGCGAAGCUCGUGCGCAAGCAGCCCGAAAACGCCAUCAUCCUACCCCCCUGGAAGGGCAACUCCUCCGAUCGUGGCCUCAUCAAUAUGAUCCCCUUCCUCGAGUACAUCCACACCAUGGAGUACGACGACGUCCGCCGCGUCAUCAAGUCCUUUGAGGGCACUGAUAUCCCCACCGAGUUUGCGCACCGCGAGGCCGUCAUGCGCCGCGAGUUUGAGAAGCGCAACCCGUCCGCCCGCAAGCCCAAGGUCUCCGGCUUCGGCGCCAUCGGCAACAUGCUCGGCCUCAAGUCCAGCAACAUGAGCAUGGCCAUGCAGGCCGAGGGCGAGCAGAGCGCCAGCGAAGCCUUCGCCCAGGGCAAGAUGCUCCAGGACAUUGCGCGCGAGCGCGGCCAGCGCAACUACGAGUUCAUGGCGAAGAACAUCAAGGAGAACGGCGAGAAGUGGGUCCAGGAGGAGAAGGAGGCGAUGGAGAAGGCCCAGCAGGAGGCCAUGAACAACAUGAUGGGCUCCUUUGGCGGCUGGUUCGGCGUCGCCAAGCCCGCGGACGCCCCUGCUGCUACCUCCGAGGCCAACAAAUAA